CCAGGAACGGGCGGGGGUGAAGAUGAUCCUGAUCCAAGACGGUUCCCAAAACACCAACGUGGACAAACCCCUGCGGAUCAUCGGGGAGCCCUACAAGGUGCAGCAAGCCUGUGAGAUGGUGCUGGACAUCCUUCGGGAGCGCGACCAGGGCGGCUUCGGAGAGCGCUCGGACUACGGCGCCCGCCUGGGCGGGGGCAUUGAUGUGCCGGUGCCGCGACACUCGGUCGGGGUCGUCAUCGGCCGCAGCGGGGAGAUGAUCAAGAAGAUCCAGAACGAUGCCGGGGUGCGGAUCCAGUUCAAGCAAGACGAUGGGACGGGGCCGGAGAAAAUCGCCCACAUCAUGGGACCCCCUGAGCGCUGCGAGCACGCGGCCAGGAUCAUCAACGACCUGCUGCAGAGCCUGCGGGUACCUGGGGAGGGGGCUGGG